AUGUUGGAUACGUAUCAUGCAUUCCAAAUGUUCGACGAAAUGCCAAUACAAUUGAAGUCUUCAGUAGAAGAAAUGCAGGCCAUUAUUAAGGGUCUUGAAAAGGUCAGACAAGAACUAGACGCUUCAGCAAACGAUGGCCCUGUCUAUGAAGUUUUUCAUAAAACACAAAAUCAGUUUAUCAGCAUUGCUGAGUUGGAAGUGGGGUCCGUAACAAAUUUAUAUUAUGUGGUGGGUAGAAAUGUUGAUGCAUUGGCAUUAUAUUUUGGUGAAGAUCCUACUCGUUGCCUUUUUGAACAAGUUGUUACAAGUGUAUCACUACGAAUUACUUGA